GUAUCAAAUUUCAUCAUUUUAUUUUUUGUGUUAACAUUUUACUGUUAUAACGAUUAAUUCAUUGCAUUUAUUUAGAAAAAUUAAUUGUGUUCUUAAUCUAAAUCUUUCCUUUUUAUCUUUGAAUUAUUUUUGUUUACUCUUUUGUAUUUUUGUUUUUUAUUAAGUUUUCUAUGUUUAUUUUUGAUUUUGUCUAAACACGUAAACAAAUUACUAGUCACUCGUCGUGGCAGGUUGUCUUAGGUUGACGUUAAAUUUUUAAUCCUAUACUUUUUAUAAUUUAUUAGUAUAAUAAACAAUUAUACCUGUGAGCAUGCAUUUGUGGUGGCUGUAUUACUUUGAAAACGAUAUUAAAACGAGUGUUACUUAGAUAACUCAAAAUAAUGUAUGAUGUUGAUGAACCAGAUGAGCGAGAAGAAUUAUUUUACAAUAAUGUUAGAGAAAAAAUAAUUUUUCUUCUUUUAUUUGUGUUAUUGCUAACACUAAGUUAUAUCAUUGUGAAUAAAUAUAGAAAAAGAGAUAACAUUGUUGUUUCUAUUCGAGAUGAAGAUGAUUAUACCGUUUACAAGUAUAGCCUACUACUUUGUACCAUUUCUUUGGCUGUUUCUGUUGGUGCAGCACUCUUGUUACCUAUAUCAAUAGCCAGUAAUGAAGUAUUAUCUUUGUACCCAUCAAGUUACUAUGUUCAGUGGCUUAAUCAUUCACUAAUACAUGGGUUGUGGAGUUUAGUAUUUUUAUUUUCAAAUCUUUCCUUAUUCAUUUUUUUACCAUUUGCAUAUUUAUUCAAUGAAUCGGAAGGAUUUCCAGGUCAUCGAAAAGGAUUAAAAGCUAGAGUUUAUGAAACGUGUACAGUUUUAUUGUUAUUAGCAAUAUUUGUAUUAGUAUUAACAUAUUUACUUUACACAAUUUUUUAUGCCGAACAAUCAAUAUUCUAUAUGCUUUUUAAUUUAUGGAACAACUAUUUACCAUUCUUAUAUUCAUGUAUUUCAUUCAUUGGCGUUCUAAUGUUGUUAUUAUGUACUCCUGUGGGUUUUGCUACAUUAUUUACAAUUUUAAGUCGUUUUAUGAUAAAACCACAGUUACAAAAAACAACCGAUGAAGAAAUUAGUGUCUUAAGACUUGAAGUUGAUUGUCUUACUAGAAGAUUGGAUCAAGUUUCUCAAAAUAACGGCUCAAGUUAUAUGUCUCCACAGCCUAUGUUAGCAAAAAAAGAACAAAAAAUGUCCCUACCUGAAAGGGAGUUAUGGUCAUUGACUAAUGGAAAACUUAAAAAUGGAUUAGCUGAUAAAUUAUUAAAUUUUCAAGAACGUCUUGAUGUACUUGAAAAACAAAGGAAAACAUCAGUCUUUAGGAAGUUAUUUUUUUUUCCUACAUUUAUGCUGUUAUUAUUAGCGCUUACAGUUAUUACUGUAUUAUUAGUAGUUCAAAAUUUGUUAUUAAUUUUGAUUGGUAUACGAGCCUUACCUCUUAAUACAAGGCAAUUUACUUUGGGUGUAAGUUCUCUCUCAAAGCUAGGACCAUUUGGUGCAGGACUAGAGAUAGUUAUUAUUCUUUAUAUGUUAGUAGCAUCAACAGUUGGACUUUACUCAUUACCAGUAGUUUCGAGGUAUCGCCCUCGUAUUAAACAAACUCCACUUACUCAUAUUGUUGGUAAUUGUACAUUGUUGCUUAUAUUAAGCUCUGCAUUACCACUUUUAUGUAGAAUAUUAGGUGUGACGGAUUUUGAUUUAUUAGCUGAUUAUGGGAGGAUUGAGUGGCUUGGUAAUUUUGCAAUUGUUGCACUUUACAAUGUUGUCUUUGCUUCGGCAGCUACUCUGUGUUUAAUUAACAAGUUUACAUUAGCUGUGCGCAAGGAACUAUUAUCAAGACUGAAAAGUUUUUGGCAAUGGGUUAUUGGCCGUGACUGUAGUAUUCCACGUGAUAAUUCUAUUUUUUCAAUUGACAACUCACCCAUGAUUAACAAAAAAACUAGUUAGUUUUUUAUUAAUUUAAUUUUAACUAGCUAAUUGUUACUAUUAUUAUUUUUUCUAUUUUGUUAAUUUUUUUACUUUUGGUUAUUAUUU